AUGGCGACGCAGUCAGCAUUUUUCCACGCGCUUCUCCGACCUCCAAUCCUCCAAAUCCUCCGCUCGACGGGCUAUCACUCUGCGAAACCAUCCGUCGUAGAUUCCCUCACAGACAUAGCGGCACGGUACCUCACCACGCUAUGUGAAAAGACGGCCUCGCACGCCAUCCACAACCAAGGCGACGCGGCUGACUACACCAUAGUCGACGUGCGACUGGCCCUUCAAGAAGUCGGCGCGCUACUGCCGGAAAAGACAGCUACGGAGCAAGCAUGGCUAGGGAAGGAAGACACCACAGGUGUAGAUGACUUCAUCGGGUGGUUUUCAGGGGAGCGGAUGACGGAACUCAUGGAGAUGGGAGUCGGAGAUGGCGAGAGCGACGCAACGGAUUAUUUGAGUGGCAAGUCUGCCGACGCGCCGAAGAAGCACGCCAAAACAGCCGAAGACAACAAAUUCACGGGGACCGUCAUCGGCAGGUCCCUCGACACGGUCCCAGAGAUCCUAGUCGAGGGCGGACCGGUGACAAGCAUAAACGAGUGGAUCAUGCGGCGACGCUCGUUGCCUGCCAACGCGGCGAACCUGAACGGCGAGGCGCGACAGGGUCAAGGCUCGCCCACUCCCACUCCUAGUUCGGGUUUGAGUUCUGUGGGGAGCAGACUUGACGACGACGACGACGACGACGACGACAUGGACCUCUCGUAG